GAGGAGAGAAAGAAAGAAAGAACCUCCCCAAAAAUGCCAAAAAAAAGAUCAAGAUUGAGGAGGGAGAUGGGAUGGGGAUAUCAUGCGCUCUUUGAAACAAAGAAAGACGAACGUAAAACCAAAUGCGAAGACGGGUACGUUGGGAGGGAGGGUGGGUGGAUGGAUAUGAGAAUAUGUGAGUGUGUGCCUUUGGAACAAUCUUCUUUCUUUCUACAACUUUUCUCUUGUCCCAAAAUGCGUGCAUUUUUGGGGGUGAGAUGGGGAGGGGGGGAGGAGCGAUGUCGUGCGAGCAUUUCUUUUAUCCUUUGUUUCUUUCUUUCUUUUACUGAGGUCUCUGUGAUUGAUUACACGCCCUGCGUUAUGUAUACUAUUCAACUUCGACGUCGAAUUCUUCAUCAAGGGACGUAG